UCCGCAGGCAGAAAGGGGAAGAGCGCACGGACGAGCGCGCUGCUCUGCAUGCGCCGCGUGCCCUGCGACGUCAGCCUCGUAUAUAACCCUCGCCCCCGCCUCCCCUGUUCCCGCUCACUCCAAACCACCCGAACUCACCACACUCCAGCAGCUCUCAACCUCAAGUCAGCGCCACCACCAAGAACACCACAAGAACACAAGAGCACGCAGAGACCGACACGCAUGACCUUCAGCGUCUCGGCGGCGAUGGAGGGGGGCCACGAGUACAUGAUCCGCUUCGACGGCCACUUCGACGACCCCUCGCCCAGCACUGCCACCGCCGAGCCGCCGCCAGCACCGCCGCAGCCGUUCGCGGGCAGGGCGAUCUCGCCGGAGCAGGAGCACAGCGCCAUGGUCGCCGCGCUGCUGCACGUCAUCUCCGGGUACACCACGCGGCCGCCGGACUUCUUCCCGGCGGCCGCGAGCAAGGAGGUGUGCCCGGCGUGCAGGGUGGAGGGCUGCCUCGGCUGCGAGUUCUUCGGAGCGGAGGCAGGGACAGGGCCGGUCGCGGCGGCAUUGGACGCGCCGAAGGUGACUGCGGCGACGGCGGGCGGGCCGCAGAGGCGGCGGCGGAACAAGAAGAACAAGUACCGGGGCGUCAGGCAGCGGCCGUGGGGCAAGUGGGCGGCGGAGAUCCGCGACCCGCGCCGCGCCGUGCGGGUGUGGCUCGGCACCUUCGACACCGCCGAGGACGCCGCCAGGGCCUACGACCGCGCCGCCAUCGAGUUCCGCGGCCCGCGCGCCAAGCUCAAUUUCCCCUUCCCCGAGCAGCAGCAGCAGCUGGGCGACGGGAAUGCCAACGCGGCCAAGUCCGGCACGUGCUCGCCCUCGCCCCGCAGCGCCGACGUCGAUGUCCGGGUCCCGCAGGCGUGGCAGCAGAACGGCGGGCAGGAAACAGGGGAUCAGCUCUGGGACGGCCUGCAGGACCUGAUGAAGCUAGACGAGAGCGAGCUCUGGUUCCCGCCAUCUGGAAAUUCGUGGGACUGAACUGAACCUGCUUGAUUAGAUCCUAGCCGUUGGAGAUCCUCAAAAAAAAAAAGAUCCUAGCCGUUGGAGUGAGUGGACAAGACCAUUUCACUUUUUUUUCUCUUCCAUUUUACCUCUGUUGCAUUAUUUGGGCAAAACAGAGUCUGUGAAUUAUAAGUAGGACUGUAUGAAGAUUGAAGAGUAUACAUAUUAACAAGGCAGUUUUGGGUUUGUGCUUCA